GCCCCAUCAUACACUCAUUAUGGAGGUUACAAUGACCUGAGCACUGCUAGCGAUGAUGAUGUAAGAAUGUCAGCACGACCUGCAUCUCAUAGAGGCCGUCCUGGCUCAAGCCGUGGUCGACAAGCCACUGAGCAAGAAGAAAUUCCUGAUCGACCUGGAACAAGUCAUGGAGGUCGCAAUGAUGAAAUCCCUGAACGACCCGGAACAAGUCAUGGAGGUCGCAAUGAUGAAAUUCCUGAACGACCCGGAACAAGUCAUGGAGGUCGCAAUGAUGAAAUCCCUGAACAAACAGAGACAAGGCAUGGAGAUCGUGAUGAUGAAAUCCCUGAACGACCCGGGACAAGUCACGGUAACAAUGCAAAUGGACAUCCAACAUCGAUUAAUGAUGAUCACAAUGAUGACUAUAUUAACAAUGAUGAGUUGAGCAAUGAUGUUCAAAGUAUUCGCUUUGAUGAUGAUUCAAACUAUUAUAACGAUGAUGAAGAUGAGGUCAUCAAUGAGGUGCAAAGUGUGAAUAUGAGGUCAGAUGACCCAUAUGAUGAUUAUGUUAUUACUGAUGAUCAACAGGCAGCCAUGUUGGAAUUACAACACCUUCAGGAUGAAGAAGAUUAUCCAAUAAAUGAUGAACCAUUGGAGUAUGAUGUCACAGAAAGGCUAAAACAACUGAACGCUGAGCUUGCUGAGCAGCCAGAUCCCGAAGAGGAAGAAAGAGAGAGGACAAUCACAUUUAAGGAGGGCUUAGUAGCUGGCUUUGCUGCACCUCCAGAUUACUCUGGAGAUGAAGAAGAAGAAGAAGAUGAUGCAAUACAUAACUCUGACACUGAGGAAGGACAGGGGGAUGGCUUCCAACAAAAUGGUAGACAAGAAAACCAGGAGGACCCCAAUGGAGAAGAACAAACUGAGGAACAUUCUGAUGCUAAUGACCUUGAAGUGCAAAAACUGACUCUGAAUGAGAGCAACACUGAACAAUCUGGACAACAAAGCAAAAAUUCAGAAAAAAGUAGUGAUCAAAAAGGAAAUAAAGUUCUCAUAGAACGUGAUGGAAAAUUUGAGCUCAUUGAUGCUGAUGAUGUCAGAGCGCAAGAACUCGGUCUUUCCCCUGCUGAUCCUUACACAGAACCCCAACCGCCAAAUAAACCCCGCCCAUCAACUGCCAAUCAAAGCCAAUCGCGACAAAAAAGAACAAUGCAGAAAAAACGUUCUCAAUCAGCUGGUACAUCGCGGCAAAAUGAAAUGGAUGGUUUUGAUUAUAAUUCUCCAUAUGCAAUAAGCCCAAAUCAGAAAAAGACGCUGCACCAUCAACAAAAAUUGUCAUCUGAAAGAAAUCGUGCUGCGGAAGAACGAAAGCGUGAAGAGGAGCAGGAAAGACGCAAGGAGAAUGAAGAAGCAUUCGAGGCAUGGCUCAAACAAAAGCAGGAAGAAAACAGACAAAAGCGCAGACAAGGAAAAUCAGAGGUUCGUUCUAAAAAGGAAAAGAAGGAAAAUGAGUCAGAAAAUUGUUUCGAGGAGUGGUGCAAAGUGAAAAAAGAACAACGAAGGAAGGAAAGACAACUCGAGCAGGAAAAACAAAGAGAAAUUCAAGAUGGCUUCUACAUAAGAAAUCGUGAAGAUUGUGAAAAGUCAUUUAAAAUGUGGCUGAGAAAGAAGAAUAAAGAGUCAAGAGAAAGCCAAAAGAGAAUAAACUCUACAUCUAGACUUGCAAAAUUAUCUGCUCGACGUUCUCGCAAAUCUCUGGCCCUCGCUAGAGCGUUACAACAGGCUCAAGCCUUCCAGUACACAGAUUACUAUGGUUACAGGUGAAAUCUAAAACCUGGAAUCUAGAACUCAAACUAUUUGAGACUAAAAGUCAGAUGAAAUUAAACAAAGAAAUUGGAAUUGGCAGUCUGCCUGAGAUAUCUGUGAUAUAUAUUAUAGGCAUCAAAAGAAUUGUACCAUGGAAUGGAAGAGGACAAUACUAAACAAAGACAGGAGCAAGAUAAUCAUAAAAACAAGUAGAUAUUCGUUAUUUAGCCCAGUAUGCUUAUUCAUUGUACUUAUGGCAGGUUCCUCUCUUUUAGUUAAACAGGUUUCGUACCCGGGUUUCAUAUUGUUCUUGCCUUAUAAUUUACUUCAAUUUUUGGCAUGCAAAAGCAUAUGCCCCAGGUUCUUUACCUCGAGUGAAACUAGAAAUUGACAAGGGGGAACUUUACUGCAACUUUUUUAACAAAUGGGCUUAUUUUUCGGAAAUCAGGCCAUUUUUGUGAAAAGACACAUUUUCAAUAAAAAAUAUUUGCUUAUUUUGAAAUUAGGUCCUUUGGGGUUUGAUAGCUGAAAUUAAUGAAUUCUGCUAAAGAAACUUUUUCCAUAUGGUGUUUAUGCCAAAAAUAGGACAAAAUUGGAGAAGCCACAUUAUAUGUAUUCUUGCUCUUGUUUUCAGUCCAAGAAUAGUAAAUCUGUAUAAAUGUUUCAGUGUUAUAUGUUAUUUAAAUGUGAAUUCAUGGAAAAAAGCUGUGUAUAAUUUAUUUUGUACAUGUAUCUUGUCCACUUCAAAAUAUUCUCCCUGUCCCUGUAUUACCGUUCAAACAGUUGCAAUUUAUAUGUGGUCUAAAGUCAUAUGUGCACGAAUGCAUU